AUGUCGACUCCCACAACGGCUACAGCGACAUUGCCUCCUCACUCGCAUUAUCAUCAUCCCCAUUAUCCCUACUCACAUCAGCCGUACCAAGCCUCUACUGCCACCGGCUCUUCGUACCGACAGCCAGCGAACCCAAUUCUCUCUACUUCCUCAUCCACGGCGACGACGAGAUUGCCUCCCGCAUAUGCCAACUCGUCGAGCAUCGCCUAUUCUACCACUUCUACUGCGAGCCACGCCGGUCCAAAUGGCCUAGGCCCUUCAGCCUCGUCAGCCAGUUCGAGGACCAUUCACGACGUCUCGAGUCCCGACGCGAACUACUCGCUCACCACCUCCACCAUGCCUGCCUCCAACUCACUCUCCCAGUCCUCCCAGUCCGCUCGCAAGCGAAGACGAUCAAAGGAGCCUGACUGGAACAAAUUUUACAAAAAUGGCCUGCCCAAGGAAAUCAUCGUCAUCGAUGACACCCCGGAGCCAGAGCAGGGCAAAGCCGUCGGCAACGGCGUGAGGGUCGUCUCCAAUGGUAACGGCAGCGUGAAUGGCGUCACCACAAAUGGUACCACCAGCCGACCUGUUCCCAAGAAGCGGAAAAGAGACGACGAGCCUCAGCCAUACGACCCCGUCUACCACAACAAGUACGCCGGUUCCCACACCACCACUCCUCAUCACAACGGCACACCCAACGGAUCGACCAUAUCCACCGACCGCACUACAAACUCAGCCAUCCACACCACCGCAGCCACGUCCCUCUCUUCAAAUGGGCACGAAUAUUACGAUGCUCAGCCUGGUCAGAAGCGUAAGAGAACCCGUCAACAGAUUGCCCAAGAGGCCAAGAAGAGAGAGGUCGAAGGUCUCGGCGACCCAUUCCUUACAUACAAGCCGCCUCCUUACCCUCCCAAGAAAGCGCCCGACGUUCACGUUCGAUUGGUUCAGGAUCAGGGGUACAACAAGAAUGCUAAAGUUGACGAUGAUGAUGGACACUACAUUGUUGUUCCUGAUGCCGACCUUACGGACAAGUAUCAAAUGGUGAAGCUGCUCGGGCAAGGAACGUUUGGCAAAGUAGUCCAGGCUCGAGACCGUAAGAGGAACAAGUCUGUCGCUAUCAAGAUCAUUCGGUCGGUGCAAAAAUACCGAGAUGCCUCGCGAAUAGAACUCCGAGUCCUCGCAACACUCAAGGCCAACGAUGACGAAAACCGCAACCGCUGUAUCCACCUCAGGGACUGUUUCGACUACCGCGGUCACAUUUGCAUCGUCAUGGACCUUCUUGGCCAAAGCGUCUUCGAUUUCCUCAAGAGCAACAGUUUUGUUCCCUUUCCCAACAGUCAGAUUCAGAGCUUCGCUCGACAGCUCUUCACCAGCGUUGCCUUCCUGCACGAUCUCAACCUCAUCCACACUGAUUUGAAGCCCGAGAAUAUUCUUUUGUGCGACAGCGCCUACCAGACCUUCACCUACAACCGAAAGAUACCCUCUUCUUCUACCACCGUCAAUCGACAAGCGAACCAGCGCAGAGUCCUACUCGACACGGAAAUCCGCUUGAUUGAUUUCGGUAGUGCCACUUUCCAAGACGAAUACCACAGCUCCGUCGUCAGCACCCGUCAUUACCGAGCGCCAGAAAUUAUUCUGGGUCUUGGAUGGUCCUUCCCAUGCGACAUUUGGAGCAUCGGAUGCAUCCUAGUCGAGUUUUUUACCGGCGACGCUUUGUUCCAAACGCACGACAACCUGGAGCACCUAGCCAUGAUGGAGAUGGUUGUCGGGCAGAGAAUCGACUCCAGCCUCGUCCAAGCUGUGAACAAGAUGGCCACUAGAAGUGGUGGAAAUCCUGCCUCUAAAUACUUCAAGCGGUUGAAACUUGACUAUCCUACACCAGAGACAACACGAGCUUCCAAGAGAUUCGUCAAGGCUAUGAGAAGAUUGGAGGACAUCAUCCCUUCAAACUCAACCUACUUCAAGAACUUCCUGGAUCUCCUUCGGAAGAUCUUCGUCUACGACCCCCAACACCGCAUCACUGCGAAGCAGGCAUUGCAACAUCCUUGGUUCAAGGAACCCGCGACACCGGACGAUGGUACGGAAGCGGCCAAGAUCCGCCUGGAGCGAAUGAGACAGGAGCAGGAUCAUCGAUAUCACGCAUGA